AUGGGUGAUGUCGAUGAGGAGAACUUCACCGGGGGCUCCGACGAGGAACAGGCAGCCGAGGAAGCCGGACAGGAUGUAGAUUAUGAUGAAAAUCAGGAGGAAGAUGAAUCCAGCGUCAAACGCGGGACGCGCAAGGCUAAGAAACGGAAGGCCGCCACCAAGGACAAAAAAUCGAAGAAGAAAAAGCGCAAAAGUCGAGCGACUACCAACAGUGAGGACGAAGAAAAUAAUCCUGACAGCGAUGCCCAGCAAAGCGAAGAGGAGUACACAGCUAAACCUAGCAAACGUCGAGGGGAAUCAGCCGCGGCAGCAGCUUCGGCGGCAGCCGAUGACAGCGAGGCUCAAAACGUCAAGACUGUUGCCGAAAUUCUAGAGGAGUAUCAAAUGACCGAUGUCCUCACGGAAUACACCGACGAAGACUUCCAGGAGCUGACCUCGUACAAGGUCUACUCCAUGAAGAUUCGUCCCAUGAUCCAGAAAGCCAACCCGAAAGCGGCCAUGGCCAAGAUCAUCGCCCUGAUGACUGCCAAAUGGGCGGACUUCGCCAAGAAUCAUCCGAACCCCGAGCUGCUGGAACAGGAUCAGCACAAAGACGACAAGCAGCACAAAGACGAACCUACGAAGCGAGGUCGCAGCAGCGCAAGCGGCCACGCGAGCAGCAGCAAUGUCGCUAAUUCCUCGAAGAGCGGUGGAAACGGAUCCGGCAGUUCGAAGAAGGAAAAGGUCCCGUCGCUUAAGAUCAAAAUCGGUGGCAAACGGGUGUCGGGCCGUCGAAAGAAUCAGUCCUCCGACGAGGAGGUCGAUGCUCCUGAGGACGACGACAGCGAUGCCAAUUUCGAAGCAGCUCUCGAGGAAGCGGCCGCCGCCGCUCCCAAGCGGGCGUCGCGCAAGAGCAGCGCCCCACCGAAGGGCAAGCCGGCGCCCCCGCCGACGAAACCCAAGAAGUCCGGCGGUAAGAAAGCAUCGUCCGACAACGAGGACGGCUACGAUACCGACCAUCAGGACUACUGCGAAGUUUGCCAACAGGGAGGCGAAGUAAUUCUUUGUGAUACCUGUGUGCGCGCCUACCAUCUCGUGUGCCUAGAACCGGAGCUCGAGGAGCCUCCAGAGGGUCGUUGGAGCUGUCCCCAUUGCGAAGGCGAAGGGAUCUCGGCCGAAGGCGCAGCUCACGACUCUCAGGAGGCAGCCGGACCCCGUUCGAAAGGCGGCAGCAAGACCAAGGAUGGCGAUGAGCACAUGGAAUACUGUCGCACCUGUAAAGAAGGUGGUGAUCUCCUCCAUUGUGAUCAGUGUCCCGGUUCCUAUCACUUCGAGUGCGUAUUCCCGCCGCUGAACCGCCCGCCCAGCGGCAAAUGGACCUGCCCCCGAUGCGCUUGCGAGCAGCUGAAGGGCCGCGUUCAGCGGAUACUCGCAUGGAAAUGGACCGAAUGGAAACACGAAGACGAGGCUGAAGACGAGGACGAAGACGACGAAGAGAAGCCCGCCGCCGCCGCCGAAGCCGGCGGAGACGGCGAGGACAAAUCCGAAGCCGAAACGAAGAAAGAUGCCGAGACUAGUAAACGCGAGCCCGUGAAGUACCGCAUCUUCUUCAUCAAAUGGCAUGACAUGUCCUAUUGGCAUUGCUCGUGGGUGAGCGAGCUGCAGCUCGAAGUUUUCCACCCGUCGUUGAUGAGGAACUAUUUCCGCAAGAACGACAUGGACGAACCCCCGCCAGCCGAAGAUCUGCCCAACCACAAGUCCAGCCUCGCCAAACGAGACAAACACUACGCAGAACUGGAGGAGAAAUACUACAAGUACGGAAUCAAGCCCGAAUGGCUAGAGAUCACCCGUAUCAUCAACCACCGUACGUACCGCGCCGGUCAGAACGUCUAUCUGGUGAAGUGGCGAGAACUCGACUAUUCUGCGUGCACUUGGGAAGUCGAAGACAACGGUGGUGAGUUCGAGAUCACCGACAUGGAUAAAUACGUCAAGGAAUACUGGGAUUUCCGCUCGUUGAUGGAGCACACCGAAAACGUGUGCAACAAGAAGCCGGGGAGCAAGCCGAGCAAGAGCAAGAAGAAAGUCGAAGUGUUCGGACGCUUCUCGGUGCCGCCAUUCGAGAAACCGUCCGUCGAUCCCAAGAAAAAAUACGAUGGACAGCCACCCUACGUCGUGGAGAACGGGAACCAACUCCAUCCGUACCAGUUGGAAGGUAUCAACUGGUUGCGAUUCUCGUGGAGCCAACGCACAGACACAAUCCUCGCCGACGAAAUGGGUUUGGGAAAAACGAUCCAAACCAUCACGUUCCUCUACUCACUGUACAAAGAAGGACUCUCGCGAGGUCCUUUCCUCGUCGCCGUGCCGCUCUCGACCCUAAUCAACUGGGAGCGAGAGUUCGAGCUAUGGGCCCCUGAAAUGUACGUGGUCACGUACGUCGGCGACAAAGAUUCGCGUGCGGUGAUCCGCGAGAACGAGUUCUCGUUCGAAGACAAAGCCGUCCGGAGCUCAAACAAGGUGUUCAAAAUGAAGAAGGACGCUCCGAUCAAAUUCCACUGUCUACUGACAUCCUACGAACUCAUCUCCAUGGACCAGGCGCUGCUGGGCAGCAUCGACUGGCACGUCCUGGUCGUCGACGAAGCUCACAGACUCAAGUCGAACCAAUCGAAGUUCUUCAAAGUUCUCAGCCAGUACCCCAUCCGCUACAAGCUCCUCCUCACCGGAACGCCGCUGCAGAACAAUCUCGAGGAGCUGUUCCAUCUGAUGAACUUCCUCUCGCCGGCGAAUUUCAACGACCUGCAAGGUUUUCUGAACGAGUUCGCGGACAUUGCUAAAGAGGAGCAGGUGAAGAAACUUCAUGACCUGUUAGGAUGCCAUCUACUGAGACGUUUAAAAGCUGACGUCCUAACGGGUAUGCCCUCCAAGAGCGAAUUCAUCGUCCGCGUGGAGCUCAGUCCCAUUCAGAAGAAAUACUACAAAUGGAUCCUCACCCGCAACUACGACGCCCUGUCGAUAAAGGGCGGCGGCCAAUCGGUGUCGCUGCUCAACAUCAUGAUGGACUUGAAAAAGUGCUGCAACCACCCGUUCCUGUUCCCUGCGGCGCAAGCCGAAGCCGAACGUCUGGCUAACGGCGCCUUCACGGUGAACAGCCUCGUGAAGUCCUGCGGGAAAAUGAUCGUCAUGCAGAAAAUGAUGCGACUCCUCAAAGAGCAAGGUCAUCGAGUGUUGAUAUUCUCGCAGAUGACGAAAAUGCUCGACUUGCUCGAGGACUUCCUCGAGGGCGAAGGAUACAAAUAUGAACGUAUCGACGGAGGAAUCACGGGAACAAUGCGUCAGGAAGCCAUCGAUCGCUUCAAUAAGCCCGACGCCGAACAGUUCUGCUUCCUGCUGUCGACUCGUGCGGGAGGUCUAGGAAUCAACUUGGCCACGGCCGACACCGUCAUCAUUUACGACUCGGACUGGAAUCCUCACAACGACAUCCAGGCGUUCUCACGAGCCCAUCGUCUAGGUCAGACAAACAAGGUCAUGAUCUAUAGAUUUGUAACGAGAGCGUCGGUCGAGGAACGGGUCACGCAGGUCGCAAAGAAAAAAAUGAUGCUCACGCAUCUUGUAGUACGGCCCGGUAUGGGUCGUCAGGGAAACGCGGCCAUGUCGAAACAGGAACUCGACGACAUCCUCCGUUUCGGAACAGAGGAACUCUUCAAGGACGAAGAGGGCGACGACAACGCCAUCCACUACGACGACCGGGCCAUCGGUGCGCUCCUGGAUCGAACCAAGGAAGGCAUCGAAGAGAAGGAGAUGGCCGCCAACGAAUACCUCGACUCGUUCAAGGUGGCCGCCUACGUGAAGAAGGACGCCGCCGAAGAAGAGCCCGAGACUGAGAUUAUCAAGGAGGAAAUCGAAAGUGCCGAUCCCGCCUACUGGGAGAAAUUGUUGAGGCACCACUACGAACAACAACAGGAAGAUCUUUCCCGACAGCUCGGCAAGGGCAAGCGUGUCCGACGCCAGGUCAACUAUAACGACACCGAACAGGGAGGUUCAUCCAGAGGUCGUCAACUCGACGAUAACUGGAACGAUAACUUAUCUGACUACAACUCGGACUACAGCAUGCCGUCUGACGGCGAUGAUGACGAUUUCGACGAUAAAGACGGUGGCAACAUGGACAAAAUUCGCAGAAAUCGCAAGAGCGAGAAGGAUCGACCGCUUCCUCCGCUGCUUGCCAAGGUCAACGGAAAUAUCGAGGUUCUGGGUUUCAACGCCCGCCAACGUCGUGCCUUCCUGAACGCUAUCAUGCGUUACGGGAUGCCGCCUCAGGACGCAUUCAACUCUCAGUGGCUUGUUCGAGAUCUUCGGGGUAAAUCCGAGAAGAACUUCAAGGCUUACGUGUCUCUGUUUAUGCGACACCUUUGUGAACCGGGGGCAGACAACUCAGAAACAUUUGCCGAUGGAGUCCCUCGAGAAGGUCUCAGCCGCCAACAUGUGCUCACCAGGAUCGGCGUCAUGUCGCUCAUCCGCAAGAAGGUGCAAGAGUUUGAGCACAUCAAUGGAGUGGCAAGCAUGACUUCGGAAGAAUUGGGCCUCAACAAACCUAAACGGAAAGAAGGUGAAGGAGCCGACUCCGAGUCUAGGGCAAGAGAGCUGACGGAUAAGAAGGCAGAAUUCGAAGCUGAAGGGGAGAACCGGAGCGAAUCAAAUGGUGACCUAAAGAAAGAAGACGAGGAAAUGAAGGAGGACGGUGAAAAGGAAGCUAGUGAUAAGGAAGCCAGCGACGCGAAUGGCGAGGACCGAAAGGAUUCCGAUGAGAAGAAAUCCGAAGACGGGGACGACGUCAAACCAAAGGUCGAACCUACCGACAACGGCAAAGUAGACAAAUCCGACAAGAAAGAGAACGAACCUCAAAACAAUAUCCAGGAGAAUCAGGAAAUAGAGGAGAAGAUCGUCAAACUCGGCCUGCCGUCGGAAUCGAUCUCAAAGCGGAAAUUCAUGUUCAACGUCGCGGACGGAGGAUUCACCGAGCUGCAUACGCUGUGGCAGAACGAGGAGAAAGCUGCCGUGCCCGGCAAAGAGUUCGAGAUCUGGCACCGUCGUCACGAUUACUGGCUACUGGCCGGAAUCGUCAAGCACGGUUACGGACGCUGGCAGGACAUCCAGAACGAUCUCGCGUUCGCCAUCAUCAACGAACCGUUCAAGAGUGAACAGGGAAAAGGGAAUUUCCUCGACUACAAAAACAAGUUCCUCGCCCGUCGAUUCAAACUCCUUGAACAGGCUCUCGUCAUUGAGGAACAACUCCGACGGGCCGCCUAUCUCAACCUGACUCAGGAUCCCGCUCAUCCGGUCAUGGCUCUGAACGCGAGGUUCGCCGAGCUCGAAUGCCUCGCUGAGUCGCAUCAACACCUCUCGAAAGAAUCGGUUGCCGGCAACAAGCCGGCCAACGCGGUUCUUCACAAGGUGCUCAACCAGCUCGAGGAACUGUUGAGCGACAUGAAGAGCGACGUGAGCCGUCUGCCGAACACUCUGGCACGUAUUCCGCCUGUUGCUCAGAGGCUGCAGAUGAACGAGAUGGGGAUUCUCUCACGUCUGGCCGGUGGCAACGUGCCCCCAUCUGUGACGAGCACACCAGUGGCUGCGCCUCCUCCCGCGCCGCCGGUUCCAACGCCGACUCCGCAAGCGGUCGCCCAGCAGCAGGCGGCUCAGGCCCAGCAAGCGUUGAGUGCAGUAACUCUGCAGCAACAGGCGGCGGCAUUGCAGUUGGCCCAAGCGUUCGCCAAUAACCCCAUGGCCGCCGCCCAGUUGAGCAGAGCAGGGAUCUCGAUAACGCCCACGGGUCUCCUACCCGGUAACAACAAACAGCGUUGA